AUGCAAUGCUCCAACGAGCCCCCCAUGCAAUGCUCCAACGAGCCCCCCAUGCAAUGCUCCAACGAGCCCCCCAUGCAAUGCUCCAACGAGCCCCCCAUGCAAUGCUCCAACGAGCCCCCCAUGCAAUGCUCCAACGAGCCCCCCAUGCAAUGCUCCAACGAGCCCCCCAUGCAAUGCUCCAACGAGCCCCCCAUGCAAUGCUCCAACGAGCCCCCCAUGCAAUGCUCCAACGAGCCCCCCAUGCAAUGCUCCAACGAGCCCCCCAUGCAAUGCUCCAACGAGCCCUCCAUGCAAUGCUCCAACGAGCCCUCCAUGCAAUGCUCCAACGAGCCCUCCAUGCAAUGCUCCAACGAGCCCUCCAUGCAAUGCUCCAACGAGCCCCCCAUGCAAUGCUCCAACGAGCCCUCCAUGCAAUGCUCCAACGAGCCCUCCAUGGAAUGCUCCAUCAAGCCCUCCAUGGAAUGCUCCAUUGAGCCCUCCAUCAAUAUUGAAGAGUUGGAAGACCAAAGCAAUGAAGAGGACGCCAAUAAUGAGAUGGAGACAACUGAAGAACUUUUUAAGUCAUCCUCAAGACCCGGUACCACCACCGUGGCGUCCUCAAAAACUCAAACGCUUCCUAAUAUAGUUGCUAAUGCUGUGAAUCUAACUACGAAAUCUAAAGCGCUGACUACGGAGCGACCGUGGGCAUCAACCAAGGGUCCCAGUGAGCCCAUCAAGGUUCUAACAUCUAAAGGACCAUCACAACUGACCACCAGAAACAUGAAUGCGGUCACAUCUCAGAGCUCCAGACCACAAACAACUACUCAGAACUCCAUCACUUAUAACCUUGGGGACACGUACUAUACCGACAACAUGCAUGUCAAUUCUGAAUGUCCGAAUCGCACCCGAGACAAGUUCCAGAACUCUGAGCACUUAAAGAAGCUAUUUGUGGACACGGUGCCCGUGCUGCAGUGGAAGAAACAUGCUCAGGAGUCUGAAUACGAAAGACUUCGGAAAUUUGCUGGAGCCCAAGGUUGGAUGGGCGUCACAUGGCCAAUUCUGAACGAAACGCUCAACCUGAUGAACUCCGCGGGCAACGGCUACAUGUUCGACACCUGGAAAGGCGACUCCCCCUGUAUUCGUUGUGCUGUGGUGGGCAACGGUGGAAUCCUGAAUGGAUCUAGAAUGGGCAAAGAGAUUGACGGCCAUGAUUAUGUCUUCAGGGUGAACGGAGCCAUUACAAAAGGCUUUGAAGAGGACGUUGGCAAUCGCACUUCCUUCUAUUUCUUCUCCACCAACACCUUGAUGAACUCAUUUCUGGCCUACGGGCACCGGGGAUUCAAGAGCGUCCCGCGCACAGAGGAAACACGCUUCAUCCUCUUACCCGAUCACGACAGAGACUAUUUAUUAGUGAGAGCCGCGCUCACCAACAGCACCAUCGACCGCGGCCGAGACAAGGGCAAGAACCCAGCGCGAUAUUUUGGCAAAAACCUGACAACUGAACAUUUCAAGAUCCUGCACCCGGACUUCAUGCGUUACCUGAGGAACAGGUUCCUCUGGGCCCCCAUCCUAAACACGAAGAACCGCAAUAUAUACCGACCCUCUACCGGAGCAUCGAUUCUUCUGGCUGCUAUACACACUUGUGACCAGGUCAGCGCCUAUGGGUUCAUGACCCCCAACUAUAAAAAAUUCUCGGAUCAUUAUUACGAUGUCAAGUACCAUAAGGUGGCAUUCUACUCCAACCACCAUUACCAUAAAGAAAUGAAUCUGUGGCAGGAUCUGCACAAAGCGGGUGUGAUGACUCUCUACAUGAGGGACUGAGCGGGCGCCGGCUCGCCCCCCUGAAAACCAUACUGUGAA